GCUUGUCACUAUUUGUAAGGAAAUGGAUGUAUUGUAUAAUAUAUUCAUAUAUAAUUUUAGCAUAUUGAUCAAUUUUUUCAAGAUUGCAUCCAUAUUUAUAAAGGAAAUAAUUUACUUUUUUUAACUAGACGAUAUAUCCUUGCAAAUAAAACGCACAAUGCGUAUCCAUCAAGAUUAUAUGAUAAAAUUAUCUGAAAUUCGAUCUACCGUGAACUACAUAAUUUCGACGAAUCCAACGACGAUUGAGGUAGAGACCCCGCAUAUCCCCUCAGGACAUUUUUACAGAAUCAGGUCAUCAGACGCAGAGGUGAACACGUGAGAGUGGUGGGGACGUUAAAUCUACAUUGGACGCCGCGUAUAUAGAGAUCACAUCAUUACGUACUUUGGUAGUUCACUUUUUAAUUUCAUUGAUUCCACAUCUCUUUGUCAAUCUUCGACAAUGGUGCUUUUUCAAUUUUUUACCACCGCUAUUCUUUUGUUAAGUAUAACAUCAGGGAAAACAUACUCUGUUCCAUACCAGAGCAUUCAGCUAGCGUUUUCCAUCACGCCAAAGUUGAUAUAUACGUCCGAACCUAAUCCUGCUUUCAGUGGAUAUUCCUAUACAACUCAGGACUUUAAUGGUGGUGAAAGUAAUGUUGUUUUUACAAUUGGUGCUGAUUCUAUGAGCAGAUUGAAGAAUGAAAUGGACUCAAUGAAAAUGUCAAAAGGAUAUUCACAAGGAGAUAAAGAUCAAGAGAAUAUAAUAUCUUCGGAACAACAAUCUGAAUCCAUAAAAACUGAAGAAAAUAGUAAAAACCAAGAUCUUGACUCGAAUAUUAAAGUUCUCAAUGAAGAGAAGAAAUCGUCAAAAAAUUCUGAAGCAGAUAAUCUUAUUGAACAUCAGACGAAUUUUCAGCAAGUCUCCCUUAUGAACGUACCUUAUUCUGCACUUGGAGAAAAUUUACUGAACUUACACCUUCCAGUGUUUCCAAGAUAUCAGAUAUCAUCAAAUGUGAUACAAAGCCCAUACUAUCCUCACAAUCCCUACGCUCGCUUAGAACUGCCCUUGCAUAAUUUUGGUUUUUACAAUUCUGUGCCGUUAUUUUAUCAAGCAGCAACAAUAAUUCCUGAUAACAAUACCAAGCCAGCAUCGACAGCUGUUGAAAAUAUGAAAGAAUCUGUCGAACCGCGCAUUACUAAAAGCUCGCAACUAAAUGCUACCAACUCUGAAUCUAGCUCGAUAAAAUCCAGUAUAAUAGAAUCGAGACUCAAUCAAGAAUCAACAAAUGGAAUCGAAGAAACAUCAUCGAGUCUGCCUGCUAUUUCCAUGAAUUUUGAAUCAACGACCACAUCUGAGAAAAUUAGGGAAGAAAUUCCAACUGAUGAGACCACAGUGACAUCUCAGAGUUCCGUUGAACAGACUACAGACGACAAAGCAAGUAGUACCGAGCCUGCAAGUACAGAAACAAGUUUACUAACAAGUCUACUAACAAAGAAAUCAGAUACUGCAACAUCGAAGAGAUGUACGGGAUGUAUGAAGCGUCUCAACUAAAAUAUAAAUCCAUAUAUUAUACUCUAUUAUUUGUAUCACAUUUAUAAUAAUAGGGUUCUAAUAAAAUGCGACACAAUCUCCUGCAAUUAUAAAUGUUGUUUAAAGUAAAUUAUUAAAAUAAAUCUUUUGGUACUUAUCAAGUAAGUUACAGGUAAAUCUUCUUACAAUGGUAAAAAAAUUUACGAACUUAUAAAUUAAUCCCUUCUUCGUGCAAUUACUAGUGCCUGUGUUCAAAUUAUUUAUUGAAAGCACUGUGCAUUGAUU